AUGUCGGUCCAGCCGAUCAGCGUGAAGCACAUUUUCGGCCUGAAGGGCGACGUGGCGAGCAACGUGCAUCAUGUCGACGAGACGACGGUCAUCUACCCUUCCGGGCACAACAUUGUGCUGUACUGCACCGACACUAGGACGCAGAAGAUCCUCCCGGGCAACCCGGAGUCCGGGGGCAUCACCUCGCUCGCGCUCAGCAAGAGCCGGAAAUACCUGGCCGUCGCGGAGUGGGCUGAGAAGGCCUUCGUGACCAUCUACGAUCUCCAGACGCUGAAAAAGCGUAAAAUCCUGGUCUCCUCGGUCGCGGGCUCGCAAGAGUACGUUUCCGUGGCGUUCAGCCCCGAUGAAAAGUACCUCAUCACGCAGGGCGGAGCCCCGGACUGGGACUUGGUCCUGUGGCUGUGGGAGAAGGGCAAGCUGCUCUUCUCGUCACGCACGACCAACCAGCAGGGCAACCCGGUCCACCAGUGCGUUUUCCACCCGUCCCCGGAGAUGGACCUCAUCUCCGUGGUCGGCAACGGCAUCUUCAAGACCUUCCGCGUCGUCGACCAGGCCCUCAAGUCCCAGCCCGCCUCCCUCGCCAAACGCGAGCCCCACAACUACACUGCUCAUGCAUGGAUCGCCGAGGGCGAGCGCGACCGCCUCCUCGUCGGCUCCGAGCAGGGCGAGCUCAUGAUCAUGGAGGCCGGCGAGCUCAAGCAGCUCUUCACCAUGCCGGACAACCACGGCAUCUUCUCUGUCGUCGUCUACUCGAAGGGCUUCAUCGUGGGUGGAUCGGCAGGCCAGGUGUGGCUGUACGAGCGGCAGGACUCGGACAAGGAGCCGUACCGGCUGACGCGGACGUUCGCGAUCCCGAACGAGCCCGGCAACGUCAAGGACAUGAGCGUGUCCCCCGGCGAGGAGUACCUCGCGGUCACCACCAGCACGCACCAAGCCUACUCCAUGGCGCUGGCCAACACAGAACUCAUGAAGGCCGACGACCUCGGGUUCGAGCUCCUCGCCUCCUCCUUCCACCACGGCGCCAUCACAGGCCUCGACACAUGCAUCCGAAAGCCGCUCGUUGCGUCGUGCUCCGCGGACCGCACGGUGCGCAUCUGGAACCACGUGGACCGCACGUGCGAGCUCUCGCGGCAGUUCGUUGAGGAGCCCUUCUCCGUCGCCAUCCACCCCUCGGGCUACCUCCUCCUCGUGGGCUUCGCGGACAAGCUGCGCCUCAUGACGGUCCUCAUGGACGACCUGCGCGUGAUCAAGGAGAUCGCGAUCAAGUCCUGCCGGGAGUGCCAGUUCUCGAGCGGCGGGCAGUACUUCGCGGCGGUGAACGGCUCGACGGUGCACAUCUACUCGACGUACACCGGCGAGAACCUCGGCAACCUGCGCGGGCACAACGGGAAGGUCGCGAGCGUGCAGUGGACGGCGGAGGACUCGCGGCUGGUCUCGACGGGCUCGGACGGCGCGGUGUACGAGUGGACGCUCAAGGACUUCCGGCGUCUGACGGAGAACGUGCAAAAGGGGGUGCACUACCACUGCGUGCUGGCGACGCCGGAUAGCAAGCACUUCUGGGCGGUGGGGUCGGACAAGAAGCUCAAGGAGUUCGUGGGCGAGGAGGGGACGGGGUCGGCGACGAUCGCGAAGGACUUCGACAGCGACGAGAACCUGACGCAGCUGGCACUCCCCCAGGGGACUCGCACGCUCUUCUCCGCGACGGACUCGGGCAUCGUGCGGUCGUACCGGUACCCGCUCUCCGGCGAGUACGUCGACACGAAGGUCCACGCCGGCCCGAUCACGCGCAUCCGCCUGACCUCGGACAGCUCGGUGCUGUUCUGCGCGUCGGCGGACGGCACGCUCUCCGUGCUCGAGAUCAAGGACAAGGACCCCGAGCGCGCGGCGGCGGAGCGCAAGGACGCGCUGCCGUGGGCCGAGGAGGUCCUCGUCACCAAGUCGGAGCUGGAGGAGCGGCGGCACAUGAUGCUGGAGCUCGAGAACAAGGUCAACGAGAACUACAUGCAGUACGAGUACCAGAUCCGCAUGAAGGACAUGGCGAUGCAGGAGGAGAUCAAGAAGCUCACGGCCAAGUUCAGCGACGAGGUCGAGCGCGACCGCGAGAACUUCGAGAAACUCCUUCAGGAGAAGAACGAGAUGGAAAUGGAGUACGAGGACAAGCUGAAGCAGGCGGAGGAGCUGCGGCAGCAGCAGCUGCAGGCGCUCGACGCGCAGUUCCAGCAGAAGAUCAUGGUCGAGGUCGAGCGGUACCAGCAGCUGAGUCAGGAGAAGGACCUGCUGAACGAGCGGUGGGAGGAGCAGAACGCGGCGCUGGUGGAGAGCCACGAGCGCGUGGUGCAGGAGCUGACGGAGGAGUACGAGGCGAAGCUGCAGGAGGAGCAGAUGAACUCGGACCGGCUGCAGCAGGAGAAGGAGGACAUGGCGCGCGAGUUUGAGGAGAUUCGGCGGCAGAUGGAGGAGGACACGGACCGCGAGAUCGAGGGGCUCAAGGAGAAGUACGAGCAGAAGCUCGGCAUGGAGCGCGAGAUCUCGCUGCGCCUCAAGGGCGAGAACGGCAUCAUGAAGAAGAAGUUCCACGCCCUGCAAAAGGACAUUGAGGACAAGAAGGAGGAGAUCCGGCAGCUGUUUGAGAAGGAGAAGGACCUGUACGCGACGAUCACGUCGCUGGAGAAGGACAUCGUGGGUCUGAAGAAGGAGAUCCGCGAGCGCGACGAGACGAUCGGCGACAAGGAGAAGCGCAUUUACGACCUGAAGAAGAAGAACCAGGAGCUCGAGAAGUUCAAGUUCGUGCUGGACUACAAGAUCAAGGAGCUGAAGAAGCAGAUCGAGCCGCGCGAGGCCGAGAUCGCGCGCAUGCGCGACCAGACCCGGGAGAUGGACCACGAGCUCGAGCGCUACCACAAGCAGAACGGCUCGCUGGAGCUGGCGAUCAGCGAGCUCAAGCUGCGCGUGCAGGCGCUGCAGGGCGAGGUGCUGCAGCAGCGCACGAAGCUCGGGGAUGCGCGGGUCUACGUGAAGCGCUUCCGGCACGACCUGCACGACUGCGUGCAGCACGUGCAAGAGCCCAAGGUGCUCAAGGAGAAGGUCAAGGCGCUGUACCACAUCCACGUGGGGUCGGAGGAGAUCGAGGAGGUCGAGGUCGACAUGCAGGUCGAGGGCGAGCACGAGCGGCAGCGGUCGUACUUGGAGAACACCGUCGAGAGUCUCAAGCGCAAGCUGCAGAAGGAGAGCGACAAGGCGCGGCAGGACAGCAUGCGGAUCAUGCAGGAGAACGUCGCGCUGAUCAAGGAGAUCAACGAGCUGCGCCGCGAGAUCAAGGGCCUGCGGAUGGGGCAGUCGGCACAGAGCACGGCGCCGGGCGGCGGGCGCGCGUCGGGGCUCGACUCGGCGUACCGCUCGGGGCGGAUCUCGAAGGAGAACUCGCGCGGGAGCAGGAACGGCCUGCACGCGCCGUCGCCCUCGGCCGCCACGCGCGAGAUAGAGAUGCAGCGGGAGGUGAUCUCGCAGCUGCGGCAGGAGCUGGCACAGCACCAGCGCGCGCUCGCGGAGGCGCAGGCGGGCCCGCGGCCCGGGUCGCGGCAGGCGCCGCUGCCGCCGCUCGAGGGCGAGGCGUCGGGUGCGCCGCCCGAGGAGGGGCCGGAGGGGCCGGUGGCGGAAGAGAGCGGGGGCGGCGCGGAGGAUGUGGGCGGGGACGGCGGCGAGGAGGGCGGCGCGGUCGCGGAGGAGUCGAGCAUGCCCGAGGCGGAGGAGCUCGAGGCCGGCGGCGAGUGA